CACUUCCCCAUCCGGGUCUGCUUCGUGAACUACGAGGAACGAAAAGCGGAAGCGAACGAAAACGCACGAUUUCUCCGAGGAAGGAAGUAUGUUAUACCUGUAACACAGUUGUGUGAAGAAAAAAUUAGGCGUUUCUCUUUCUCUCUCUGUGUGUGCUUAUGGCUUCAGUAACACUGCAAACGACGUCGUCGAGAUUGGUCCCUUUACCGAACGCUUCGGUGGUGAAGGUUUCGAUUCCUACGAAGAGAACGCUGAUCAAUUUUCGGUCCAAUGGUUCCAUUUCAAGCUUGACGAAUAACAUAACAACUCACGCCGUUUCCCGCAAUGGCUCCAUUUCUAGCUGCGCCUCCAACAUGUCUGUGUCAAGUUUGAAGGCAGAUGAGAACAGACGCAAGAGUAAUCUUGAAUCUCUCUUUUGCUAUGAUAAGGCCAUCCCAGAAGAAAUAAUUGAGAAGCCUGUUGGACUAUCUUUGACUGAGAAAGAUAUCGGUAACAAUCCCCGAUGCACUGAUUGCGAAGCUAAAGGUGCUGUGCUUUGCAUCACUUGUGCUGGUUCUGGCCUAUACGUUGACUCCAUAUUGGAAAGCCAGGGCAUAAUUGUCAAAGUUCGUUGCUUAGGUUGUGGAGGAACAGGUAAUAUGAUGUGUACGGAAUGCGGGGGACGGGGUCAUCUGGGACCAAAAUGAUGUGAGGUUGAUACCUUGUAUUUCAUUGUAGCACCGUAUACAUAUUUGCUUGGUGUAGCUUGUGAGUCAUCAUUAUUCUUUUUCACAAGUCAAUUAUUUGUUGUGACUGGGAACUAAGGCAUCUACUUAAAUUCUUUUCAUGAUUUGCUUCCCGACAACGAUCUAAAGGCUCUGGCUAUAAUAUUUAUUCUCAGCUAUGAGGACUAAAGCUUUCAUUUGUUGCACAGAUGAUUAUAUCAUAUAUAGAAAGUUAUAUCGUUGAUUUA